GUUUUUUAAUUUAUUUUGAUACGUUGCAUAAACACGGUAUUCAUUUCGAUUAAUAAAAACUUAAUGUUUUUAACAUAAGACUUUCAGUCUUUUCCUCCAUUAAUAUGUGUGAAGAAUAUUUAUUCUGAAUUUGAUAAAAGAUUAUUUCUCAAAGCUUAUAUUGGCUUAAGUUGCUAACAGAAAAUGAGAGAAACAAAAGUAUGGCUAUGGAGAGAACCGGAUCACAGAUGGAAAAAGCGCGUUUUGUCACAUAUUAAGAAUUCUGAUUCCAUUGAAACAGAUGAAGAUAUUGCCAUUCUUCAUUGCAUGGAAGCUGAAGAUUUCCCUGAAAGCAUUCCUUUGACAAAAUAUAUGUUAAACUUAUGCAAAUUAUUUGGCAUUUUUAAAAAUGAAAGAACUAUGUUUUUAUGUCCUAAAGAUCUUCUUCAAGCUAUUGAACUUUGCUUAGGAAGAUUAUCCUCUAAAAAUGUAUCUACAGAAAUAAAAGUUGAGGAUGAUGAAAUAGUUCAAUGUCAUAAAGCAUAUCUUGAACAUUUUCAUUUGAAAGAUCGUGAUGUAACUGAAAAGCAUGUAUUAUGUCUUAAAAAGUUUAUAGAAGAGAAUAAUUGUGCUGAUGUGUGGUUAAUAAAUGACAAACUUUCUGAUCAGAAAGCAAAUAACAAUGAUUAUUUCAAUUGCUUACCUAAUUCAAGAUUUCUAAUUUUAGGGACUCCACCAUCUGAAGUACUUCAAAAGUUUAUUGGCUUGUUAACUUCAAAAGAAACUAUACUGAAUAUUAUUGUCGAGACUCCUUUAAAUAUCAGCCUUCAAGGAAGCCCUUCAGCUAAUUCUUCCUCAAAAAUUGAUGUAACAUCUGAACCGCUUUACCUAAAAGACAUUCCCUUUGAUGUUGAAAGUGGACUUAAACUAGGAUCGGCUACUGAAGAAUAUGUUGAAGAAACAAUGAUAUCAUUUUUGAGUCUUCUUGUGAAUAGUCGUAAUGAACUUGCUCUUUCAAAAGCAAUGAUUUCACCAAUUAUUGAGCUUAGUCAUGAAGCAUUUACUAAACUAAAACAUCUAUCUGAAGAAAAAGAGAUGCCCAUGUGUCAAACAGCUAUUUCAUAUGUCACUCGAAUCAAGUUAGGAGGUAGAGGAUAUGCACCACCUUCAGAUUGUCCAAUGCUACCUCAUUUGAAAAAAAUAGAACUUUUUGUGGGUAUUCUUAAUCAGAUGCAGACACUAAUUGAAGAAGACCUCACUGCCAUAUCAGCUGUGAAAAGGCUUAUUAACAUCUUGAAGAAAAAAUUACUGAAAUGCAGCAGUGAUAAACUGAGGUUAUCUUCAAUUGAAACAGCAUCUGAAAAUCUAAAAAGAAUAGCUACCAAAGUUUUGGACAUACAGUCAGAGCAAUGCACCAAUACUACACCACAAGUUUGUGAUGCAACUUUAGAUUUUUUACAUAGUUUCAUAAAUUACAUCAACUGCAGCAACUGGAAUUUUGAUCCAAAACAAAUACUUUCUGUGAGGUAUUCCAAGAGAACUCCUAUCAGUCUUCCACCUCUUUUGGGCUAUUUUAGAUCUCCAGAGGAUGAUUCCAGUUGUGAUGUGAAAUCAGUAUUGGAUGAGGAAAGCAAGCAAUCAAGCAUAUCUGAGCCACCUCCUUUUAUGUCAUAUUUUCACCACUCUGAAAGUAGUUCUGUUGUUGGAACUUGCAUAGAUUCCUUGACACCCUCCAAAACGAACUUUAAAGAUUGUUUUAAAAUAUAUGAUGAUAAUGAAUCCAUAAUUGAAUCUGGUGUAAAGGAGUCGAGCAGACAGAAUUCAAUCUGUCACAAAGGUCGCAAACGAUCCAUCUUAAGUGAAAUAACAAAUGAAAAUCCUCCUGAAAAAAUUAAGAAAACUAUUGAAAAGAAACCCACAAAGCUUCCACUUAAGGAAGCAAAGGCAUCCAAAACAAAAAAUGUACAACAAGGAAUGAAAAAGGAAGUUCAGACUAAAGUGAAAGGUUCCAAAAAAUUUAAACAGAUUCAAGGCCAAGGCAAAAUUACAGGUUUUUUCAUUAGGAAAUAAGAAUUGUUCCAAAAUCAUUGAUAUUCAUUAUAUUUAUUUUCAGUUUUGGUAUUAUUUUAAUACAUCUUAUCAAUUGCAUUAAUUUUUAUAUACUUAAUAUAUUUCUAGUCAAAUUGAAUUUUGUUAUUUUUCAUGUAACUUAUACAUCAUCAUGCAUGCUUUGACAACUAUGCUGUUAUUAAUUUUUAAUCAAACAUACUUCAAAAAUAUUUAAUUACAUGUGUGUUGUUACUUUAUCAUUGUUUUUAUUCUGUAAAAAGCUUUUUUUUUUUUUUUUUUCCUUAAGUUUAUGACAUUCAACACUUUAUGUGAACAUAUAAAAAAGAAAUUUAUCUAGCUGUAGGAGCACAAUGGGUGAAGGAGAAAAUAAGAUUAAAGUUAAAACUGAUACUAUAUGAAAAAAAUGUAUAUGUGAAUUUUU